GCCAUUCAUCGUUUUUCACUCGCCGCCGUUGGUCCGUUUUUCCGCUGGUUUUCCUGCAAUUCCACAACCGAAAAAAUCUAAUAAAUUUAAUUUCCUAAUAAAAUACACAAUUUUGUGAUCAAACAAAAGGAAAACCAACAUCUAUAGAGGGAGACGGAGAUACGCGAGAGAGAGCGAGCGAAUCAACGUGAAUCGAAUGACUCUGGCACCGAAUCUGAUGGUGAACUCCUCGAUGUGGAAAACCAACGUCACUUAGACGUGGAUAUGGAAACUAGUGUUGCUGGCCAAAAACCAAUAGCUUCUGCAAUGAUGUGUCACCAGCAGACGUCGUCAUCCUGCGCCCAUCUCAUGUACGACCAGCACAGUUCCGAGGAGGAGUUGGAGGUGAUCAACGGGCCGUCCUCGCAGGCGGGUCAGCAUCCCGGAACGGCGGCCACGGGCUCAUCGUGUGCCUCCCGGAUCUCGAAUCGCGGAUGCACCUCCUCGCUGGACACGGAGGCGCCCUACGAGGAGCGGGCCACCACCUCCAACUCGAAGCGUUCUAGCUCCACGCUGAUGGUGGAGAACCGCAAGCGAUCGCUGGCCCACAGCUCCGACGAUGAGUUGCGCAACUCGCUGGAGCCGAUAUUGACGCCCGUGAAUUUUCGCACAUCGCCGCCAUUGGAGGCAUUCAAGCCAAAUCGUAGCCAUAUGAUGUUCCGCUCCACAACGCCACUGAUAUUAUCGGAGGCCCGAUGUGGCAUCGAAAAUAUUAAAUUAUGUGAUAAUAGUGUAAACGAGGAGAAUGGUGACAACGGCGGUGGCGGUGGCGCGGCCAAUAGCAGUAAGUGCGCCAAGAUUGGCGCACUGGCAGGGAAUGCCAGCGGAACUGUGGCCGCAACCGGAAACGGAAACGGCGGCAACGAGAAUGAGCCGAGUGUGAUCAAGGCGUGCAGCAGCUCGCUAAAGAUGAGCAACAGCAGCCACCACAUUUACCAGCCGCAGCCGAAAUAUAGUUUCCACUACAACAGCUCGCGGAGCAGUCCGGCCAGCACCACUGGCCUGGAUAUGGAGGUGCGUUCGGUCAGUCCGCCGGCGAAACUGUUCCACUGCGCCAUAUCGCCCAGGCGGCGACCCAGUAACAAUGCCAGUGGUGCAGCCGGGGGCGCCACAACAAUAUCACCAUCGUCAGCAUCAUCAUCAUCAGGCACAACAACGACACACAAUGCUGCCAAUUCCGCCGGAAAUGCCGCUAACGUCACCGCCGUCGCCACCCAGAGACUGCAGCGACCGCAUCGGCCGUGUUUAGAUUUUGAUAAGAUGCAGCAGGUUAGUCUCUAAUGCAGAGCACGCUAACACCAGAGCAGCAGCCGGAAAAGGAUCGUCGUCGGAUUGGGACGGGGAGCAGGAUGGUCAACGGAACGGGGGGCAAAUCAAAGACUUUUUAUACGAACCAACAACCACAGCAGGACGCUGAAACUGAAACAGCAUUCGGAGGAUAACCAGAGUGUCUAGGGGCAGCUAGUAAAACCCCUAGAUUAUGCAAGCGAGCAGUUUCAGGAUUCAGAUUCAAGCGCAAACAGCAGCGGGAAAUAUCAUCAAAUCAAAUUAUAUAAAUCUAAAGGUAAUUCAAAUUUUAACGCAAACCAAAAAACACAAAAAAGAGACAAACCUAAAAUUUACAAUAGAUGCAGCUAUUUUUUCACAAUUUUAAACUGAAAAACUGUAACAAAAACUGUAAUGCGAACACGGAUCGAAAGUUGAGGAGGACAAACAAUAGAUUUGUAGAAGCUCCGGGAUGUAAAAGAUCGAAAGUUGAGUCAAAAUUGAGGGUUUAGAGACGGAAAAUCAUAUGCCAGCCGUAUGAUAGAAAGGAUCACAAGAAUUGAUUAAAAAUAUGUUCAAGGAAAAGCUCUGGGUGUAAUGAAUUAGAUGAUAAAAAUCCAGCCAGUGGAAACUGUGAACUGUAAAUAUUGUAUUUGUGUGGGAAAAACCAAAAAAAAAAAAAAAAUCUUUUGAAGAAUUGGCAUGCCAUCGAUAGCAGAAAAUGCGAUAUGGGGAUGUAGAACGAUAGAAUGUAUUUAAAUUUUUUUAAAAGCCGACGAAAAACGUUUGUGCUGAUGUGGCAGAAGACUCAAACUUGAAAAAAAAAAAACAGAGACAAAUUAUAUUUCUAUAAAACGAAGGAAAGCUGAGAAAAGCGGAAGCGGCUAGCGGGAAAGCGGGAAAUUUGAAAGGUAUGGACGAUGAAAUAGCAACAGCAACAAUGUGAAGCAACAAUAGCAACUGAAAUAAUAUGAUAUAAACAGACAAACAGAACCUUUUGUAUGAUCAACGUGGGGGGGAGCCGGAAAACGAAACUGUCGCAGCGACAGUUGAAAAGCAGUAAAAUUAUGUGUUUAAUGUACAACAUAAAAUAGCAAGCUAUUUUAUACACAAUAUUCAAUUUAUCCACAUCUAAGAGAAACGAUUUAAACCAAAAAGCUGCCAUCAACACUCAUGCAUACGAUUAAAGCUCUUUAGUUUAAACAAUAUGAUUGAUGAUUGCUUGGUGGACAACUAGUAAGCGCAACAACUAAACAAUUGGCAAAUGUUUGCAAGCUCAUAUGUGUAUUAGUAAAGCAUAAUUACUACCCUUCUUUGUCGCGUAUAUGAAGAAUCUAACGAAAGAAACAAAAGAGAUCACAGCAAGUUAAACCCAUAUUCAAUUCAAGGAAAACCAAAUGAAAUGCAAAAACUAAGAACUAAAAAAAAAACCAGUAACGUGUGCAACCAUAGCAAAGCAAAAGUAAACGAAACAUACUUUUUUAAGUACCAUAUAUAUGUAAAAGCAAACAAUGAUGAUGCAAGUCAGAGCGAAAUAUUCAAUGUAAUGCUAAUUUUAAAUCAUAUUUACUAACGAAAGGCAGGCUAAAAUUUCAGUUAACUCGAAUCGAAGAGUAGUCAGUCAAUGGAAUCGCAGUGUUUCGUAUGCUAAUUUUCAAUAAUAACCAACCGACCAUCUCAUGCCCACUAAAAACGUUUCACACACCCCACAAUCAACACAGGAGACACUCGAUACACUCAACCUACCAAGACAAGCAUAAUCCACACCACCAAGACACCAAGAAUCUAUGUAUGUAAUAAUAGCGGGGAAUCGAAGCUGGAGGAGUUAGGAUCAGGCUGGGAGAUGCGAAGUGCAGAUAUGAUACUGAUACUAGGAAUGCAGUUUUCGUAAUUUUUAAUUAAUUAAACAAAAUGCAAGCGAGGAUGAGACAGAUGAAUUAUAUUAUAUAUGUGUAACAAAUGGGAGAAUCGGAGGAUAUCAUGGACUGAGCGUACAUUAAAGCGUGGAAAAGAUAGGAAGCUGGUGAAUCAGCCAAUACUAGGAUUUUAGUUUAUAAGCUCUGAAGCGAAAGCGAAAGGAAGUUACAGUGAGAGAAUAGAAUGGCUAACAAAUACGGAAAGCACACACAAAUCUAUGGAAUGUAUGGCUGCGGGGCGUUUAUGUUGAAUAUUUUUGAGAAACAAAACAAAAACGACGAAAAAAAAAAGCGAAGAAACCAAUUAUGUUGUAAACAAAGAAUACAAAGAUUUCAUUGCGUUUUGGGCCCGCUGACAGGCGCCCAAACACUUGUGUUGUACAUAGUUACAUUAUUAAUAACAAUAUAUAUACUUACUCAUUAACAAUUAAGUCGACGAACGGUACAAGUGCAAAAAGAGAGAGACAGAUGUGUGAAAAACAAAAACAUUUGAGAAAAAAAAAACGAAUGAAAUGAAGAUGACAAGACG